AGGAAAGCACACCCCCUCCAACAGACAAAGAGAGGCACGGUGCGACGGAGAAGGGGGUGUCUGGGAGGGUCGGCUCCUGCGCAGCUGCGGCCGCGGAGCCAAUCGCCGCGCGCAACCCGUCCUCGCGCGACGGUACAGUCGUACAGCCGUGACGUCGACGGUUGCCAUGGAGAGGCCCGCUCGCUGGGGACCGCGAGCUGGCGCCAGGGGCGGCGGGGUCGGAGCGUGGCUUUGAAGCCGCUUCCGCUACCACCAUGAGCGGCCGAAGUCGGGGUAGAAAGUCUUCCCGCGCCAAAAGCCGGGGCAAAGGCCGCGGCAAGGCCCGAGUCCGCGCUGCUCCUGCCGACGCCUCCCGCGACCCGGACCCGCCACAGUGCCAGAGGCUCGGGGAGGAAACCCAGGCGGCACAGGUGCAGGCUGGCGCGGGUUGGGGUGGCCUGGAAACCGCUGCGCCCGCGCCGUCCCGUCGGCCCGGGGAGGACGCUGCCUGCCGGCUCCCCCUGGACUGUGGCCUCGCGCUCCGGGCCCGAGCUGCGGGGGAUCGCGGGCAGGCCGCGACUAGGUCCGGCCCAGAGAAGGCCACAUCCCUCUCGGAGCGCCUAGCAACAGACACUGUCUUCGUGGGAACCGUGGGAACCGUGGGAACCGUGGGAAGGCCUAAAAAUGGCCCCCGCGUUGGAAAUCGGCGUGGCCCUGCCGGGAAGAAGGCCCCAGAAACCUGUAGCACGGCGGGGAGGGGGCCUCAGGCCAUAGCCAGUGGGAAGCUGAAGAAGGGGGCCACAGGCGAGAAUGUCUCCGUCCCUGUGGUAGAGGAAAAGAAGGUGGAGAAGGAUGCAGGGUCAGGGCCCCUGGCGACAGAUGGCAGCAUGGAUACGCUGGAGACCGUCCAGCUGAAGCUGGAGACCAUGAACGCCCAGGCAGACAGGGCCUACCUUCGGCUCUCGCGGAAGUUUGGGCAGUUGCGACUGCAUCAUUUAGAGCGCAGGAACCUCCUCAUCCAGAAUAUCCCGGGCUUCUGGGGGCAAGCUUUUCAGAACCACCCCCAGCUAUCAUCCUUUCUGAACAACCAAGACAAAGAGGUUCUCAGCUACCUGAACAGCUUGGAAGUGGAAGAGCUUGGCCUUGCCAGACUGGGCUACAAAAUCAAAUUCUACUUUGGGCGCAACCCCUAUUUCCAAAAUAAGGUGCUCAUCAAGGAAUAUGGGUGUGGGCCUUCGGGUCAGGUGGUGUCUCGUUCUACUCCAAUCCAGUGGCUCCCAGGGCAUGAUCUCCAGUCCUUAAGCCAGGGGAACCCCGACAACAGCCGUAGCUUCUUUGGGUGGUUUUCAAACCACAGCUCCAUUGAGUCUGACAAGAUUGUGGAGAUAAUCAACGAAGAACUGUGGCCGAAUCCCCUGCAGUACUACCUUAUGAGUGAAGGGGCCCGUGCAGAGAAAGCAAAGGAAGGCAGGCAAGGUCCAGCAAGGCAGCCAGUGGAGACCCCAGAGCCUGGGGCAAACAAGUCCAACUGAUCCCGCACUGGCCUCCCUACUACCUCCCAUUGGACCUGUGCCUAGCUAACCACACGUGUUUGGCUGUCUGCCUUCUCUUCAUAUUGGCCUCUGCACUGUAUUCCCUUUGGACUUCAGUUACAAGAAUAUGGUAUCUAUGAUCAUGUUCUUUAGCCUCCUCGUGGCCUUCUUGCUUUUUCACAUUAGUGUUACAUGUUAAAUGAUCUCAACCCUACUGUUUAUGUGUUCAGCGCACAUGCUUCAAGUGUGUGCUGCCUUUGUCUAUAUUGCCUGGACCAUGAUCUUGGCUCUGGCCCUUCCUAGCUGUCUUUAACAUGGACACAUGAGUCAUCCUCCAAGAGGACCAGUGCAUCCUCAAGCUCUGCUACUUCAAGGCCAGUGACUUGCUGAGCUUUGUGUUCAUGCUGGCCCUGCGUGCCAUCUAGGGCAAGUUUUUCUGUUGCCAUUGCAGAAUGAAGCUAGCGCACAUGGUAUUGGCCAUCAGCCAAAACUAAUUGUUCCAAAGCCCUGGGGUCACCAGCCUAGUUGCCAUCACCUGCUGGAUCUCUGACUUUGGCCAGGCACCUCUGCUGCCCUGCUGGAUAUGCAGAAUAGCACUUGACUGUUAGGCAUGGAUGAGGUUAAGGGUGAGAAGCACUAUGCCACGUGUUCUAUACCAUCAUGUGUCUCUUCCUGCCUCUGGGCCCUUCUACUGUUGAACAUUCAUCAAGGUCUAUAUCGUGCCCUGUCACUGUCAGGCCACUGAGACUUUUCUACAUUGCUAUUGGCCCCAGUUGACCUCCGGGUCAGCGAGGACCUCAAGAACUGCCUGUGGACCCAGGCCCCCUGCCAGUGCAUGAGACACACACUUUCCAGGAACCCUGCUGCCUACCAGACCGAUGGGCGGGUAUGUGGACGUGUGCUCACUGUCAUCGUUCCAUGGCUCCAGCAGUGUGUUCCUCUGUGGAUGAGUCACACGAGUCACCCCUUGUGAGUGUGGAUGGCAGAGGGACACACAGGCGGGUGAGUGUCUUCCAACACUGGACGGUGUCUGUUAACGGAUGCAUGUAGGACGGCCACACAGAUGAAGUCCCUGAGGCUCGGGGAGACAGCAGGAUUUACCUUAGGACAAAGAGCCCAACAGAAUUGGAAGGAACUUAUGACAACAUGGGGAAGAUUGUUCCUGUGAAAUGUUGCGCAGAAACUUAUUACAAGGACAUCAGUCGGAGAAAGAGAUGAGCUCUAUUUGGUGAUGGUAGUGGGUUCUGUGUCCUUCCUUCUAGGUUGGGCUGUGGUGAGUAAGGAGGCCCGUGAGAGAACUAAGACAAUUUUAGAUGAAUUGCUCAAAAUAAGAGACUAAGAGAAAAGGAGGCAGGACAUAGAAGGGGCAGGAGCUAAUUAGGUUGUGGUAGGUGAGCCUCUAGAUAAUUUCACCCUGGAGUCCCAAGUUGUUGGGCCUGGGAACCAAGCAGGGAAAACACUUCCUCCUUUAGCAAUCAGGUGGAAUGUGGGGGGAAUACUUUUAGGUUUGGGCCAGAGUGAGAAGCAGGAAGCAAGGAAGCUUUGCUCUGAGGAUGAGGGUUUGGGGUAAAGGAAGCAGAGACCACCCAGGAGGGGAGCCUUUCCUGUCCCAAGGCGGGAGACCCAGGAGACUGCACGGAAUCUCUCAGACCUUCGAACACCUCUGUUUCCUUCAUCUGUACUCCAGCUUCGCUCUGUACUGGAGCCAGCUGUGUGAGGACAGGCGUGGCAGGGUAGGUGAUGAAGUGACAGGGAUGAUGCGGGGCCAGAGGGGAAAGCCCAGACCUUAGCAUUGAGGUCUUCAUCAGAGAAAUCUCUUCUUCCUCAUGCUGGGGAGGUGGUUACUAGGCGUGGACUGGAGAACCGAAUUACAGGAUGACCCCCAGAAGUCCCUUUAGCCCUCUGGGGCAUGUUCAGCCUGCUCCUGGGCUCAGGCAGGGUUUAGGUCCUGUUUUCCUGCCCUGCAGGAGGACCACUAUGAGGUCAUCCCCCGCCCUCCAUCCCUGCCCCUACACACACUUCUAAAUCCUGGAGCACCCCAGGCUCCGGCCCAACCUAAAGAAACUAUUAUUCUCUUGAGCUUUAUUCUGAUUCCAUAGCACAGAAGGAAAAAAAGUCCAAAACAAAAAGUAAAUCCAUUUUAAACGACUGGUGGUUUUGUUUUGGUUAUUUUUGGAAGGGUUUAUGUUGAGGGGAAGGUGUGGAGGGGGACUUCUUCAUCCCUGCAAAAUCUAAAUCAAUGAAAAUUUAAAACAGGCUCCCAAGAGGACACUGAAAAAUCUCAACCCAGGAUAAACUGAAAGCUACACUUUCAUCCCCCAAAAUGAGGGCUUUCUGAUGGAGCUGUUGGCAGCUCCGCUCCACAGCCUGGCCCUGGGCUGCAACAUUGUUUAUUUGAAGAUGAGGAUGCAGCUGGGGUGGCCUCUCUUGGGGGCUGCGGUCCCCACAGCGCAGAGCCCUCCCUGUCUCCUGCUAGUGAGGCCCUCCCUCCCACAGAGCCCUUGCUCUCAGCCCCACUGCUCCGGGGCUCUCGAUGCACAUCAGUCCUGGGCAUCUGCCAUCAGCUCCCUUUGCCUUUGAAGGAAGGUGCUGCUGCUUUCCUCCUGCCUCUCUUCAGGAGGGAGGGCUGGGAGGACCAGGGGGGUUCCUUCUGCCUGCACAGGAAGGGGUGCAGCUGUGGGCAGGAAAGGGAGGAAGACCACCAGAGGCUGCAAUGAAAGGUGAAGUCACAGGAGGCGCCCUGGGACCUGUCUGCUGCACCCCAUGCCUCUUAACCCGGUGGUGGUGGUCUGCAGGCUGGCAGCUCAGCUCCUCGAUCGGGCUAGGGGCUGGAGAGAAAACCAUGCUUGGCUGGGAGAAUGGCAGAGCAUGGGUGGGCCCCGGGCAGGGUGCUGGUGGUGAGUGGGGAAGGGACAGGGGUGGUCGGAGUACUGCCUGGGAGCACUUGCAACAAGACAGAAGUGGAUUUGAAUCUUGGCACCAAGACUUACUGGCUCUGCCACAGCAGCUUGAGUUCUCUGAGACCAAUUUCUUGAUUUUUAGUACAGUGAUAAUCAUGUUUCCUGUAGAUAUAGGCUCAGGACCCCUCUUGCCCCACCCCACCCCAUCACACACAAUGUCAAUUUGAAAUUGAUGCCUUAGACUCAGACCAUAAACCAUGGUUUAUGAAAACCCCAGUCCCUCUCCAGAAGUGGGCUUAUGUUCUGUGGACUCCUUGGCCCCAGCUUCCAGUUGGCACCACAGCCCACACUCAGAACUCAGGGGGCCUUCAGCGCUAUAAAAUCCACACUGAGCGAGCACUUUGUAAGUUUGGUAUAACUUACAGGCGAUCUGGGACACUGAACAAGCAGCUUCUUGUCUUUUUUCUAGUUCCUUCUCCUCACACCUCUUCACUCUUCUCCUCCAAGAUUGCUCAGCGUUCGAGUUUUCUCCCUCUAUUUGCAGAUUUGUCUGCUCCACUCCCUGCUCCCCCUAUUGCAAACCCAAACUUUUUUUUUAAAGA